AAUUACAAGUUAAUAUAAGAUUAUGAAAUAUAUUUACUCCUCAUUGACAUUUAAUAAUCUGUGAAAACCAUGGCAUAUUUUCGUUAUUUGUUGUAUUUUGCCUUUUCGCUAACUACUUGCAUCGCACAAAGGAGCACACUAGACAGAUGCGAGCUCGGACGACAUAUCUCCCAAAGAUGUGUUGGAUUCACGAUCCCUCCAAGAAAUGACUGUCCCUCGGGCUUCUUUUGUUUCACACCCGCUGACGGCCCGGGUCCUUGUUGUUUAGAAAACAACCCCUGUCCGAUAGGAAGUCCACUCCAGUCCAACAAUGAUGCAAUUACUUGUAUCACACAACGCUGUCCCACGGACCACGAAUGUGUCAGUGACGGGCAAUAUGCUGUUUGUUGUCCAAAACGGAAUCCUCGUCCGAACUGUUCCCAGUCACCUUGUUCACCAUUGAUGCAGAGAUUCUGUGCUCUACCGAUCAUAAAAUACCUCGAUAAGAGAACAAUCUGCCAGAAAUGUCACAGAAAUAUGUGUACCCAUGGGAGUCGGAAGAAAUACUAAAGAAAUGCAUUUUCUGUCACAUGACCUAAGAAAAUAAUCAAUUUUGAAACUUUGGGCUUUUCAGAGUUUUGUUUCAAUUUUUGGCAAAAUAAAACAUGUGAUCCAUUGUU